CACUCUUUCAUUUUCUUUCAUUUCGCAUAGUCAUGGGCUCCGAUAACUCUUCCUGGACUCCCCAGUCCGUCCUAUCUACCCUCCCCCACCCGCUGGAGGAGAACUCGACAUCCCCCGUUCCCUUCUUCCACCUGGUCGAGCGCCUCAAGACCACCAAGCGCGAAGGCUGGCGUCGCUUUGGCAUCAAUGGCGAAUCUAUCUCCGACCACAUGUACCGCAUGUCGAUCAUGACGAUGUUGGCACCGCCUUCCCUGUCAGCUAAACUCGACAUUCCACGCUGCACCAAGAUGGCCUUGAUCCACGAUAUGGCAGAGGCGCUCGUCGGAGAUAUCACCCCGGUCGACUAUCACAUCACCAAGGCCGAGAAGGCUCGUCGCGAGGCCUCCGUCAUGGAAUACAUCACUACGACUCUCCUUGGCAAGGUCCCUGGAGGCACAUUGUCAGGCCAGGACAUCAAGAGCGUGUUCGAGGAAUACGAGGAGGAUCAGACUCUCGAGGCCCACUUUGUCCACGAUAUCGACAAGAUGGAGCUGCUCUUGCAGAUGGUUGAGUAUGAGCGCUCGAACGAGGUUGAUCUUACCGAGUUCACUCAUGUUGCCUCUCGCAUUCGGUUGCCCGAGAUUCAAGCUUGGGCUGCUGAGGUUAUUCAGGAGAGACGGAAGCAAGAAUAAGUCUGCAUAGAGAUUGAGAUAUUGGAGGAUUAGGGAGUUGGAAGUCCCGCGGCUUAUCAUUUUGGUGACCCAUGAGUUCUCUCGGCGUUUGUUUGUGUAUCUUUAUUUUUUUUCGGGUACCCUAGAUACCAUAGCAAACGAG